AUGGCCAUCAGCAGUCCCACUGGGCGAGAUGACAUCUCGGCUCAGGAAAAGAUCAUCGAGGACCGAGUGGAUAAUCCAGCAUCCUUCCACCCCGUCACAGCUUCUGCGAAGGAUGUCGAAAAUUUGCCAGAGAUUGAUUAUGCAGCAGAAGACCGACUCAUUCGCAAGCUCGAUUGGUAUAUCAUACCUCCGACCAUGCUGCUCUAUUUGUUCUCCUUUCUGGACCGAGUCAACAUCGGUAAUGCGAGACUUUAUGGCAUGGAAGAGGACCUGGGUCUGGAGGGAUCGCAGUACCAGACUGCUGUGUCCAUCCUUUUCUUGACGUAUGUUCUCUCCGAAACACCCAGCAAUCUGGUGCUCAAAAAACUGCGGCCUUCUCGUUGGAUUGCAUUCAUAACGGCCGCUUGGGGAAUCGUGGCAACCCUCACCGGCCUCGUCCAGAAUUAUGGAGGAUUGAUCGCGUGUCGAUUAAUCUUGGGAGCGCUCGAAGGGGGGCUAUUCCCAGGGAUGACAUUAUACCUCACAAUGUUCUAUGGAAAACGCGAAAUUGCGUUACGAGUGGGGUAUCUCUUUGUGUCGGCGGCACUGGCGGGAAGUGUCGGCGGCCUGCUCGCUUAUGGCAUCGGUUUCAUGGAUGGCGUGUCAGGACAGAAAGGUUGGCGGUGGAUCAUGAUCAUUGAAGGCCUCCCGAGUAUCGUCCUGGGAGUGGCUGCUUAUUGGUGGCUCGCCGAUGACCCAGAAACGGCAUACUAUCUCUCCCAACCCGAGAGAGACCUUAUGGUGAUUCGAAAAAGACGUCAGAUAGGCCACACCACCUCGGCCGACUUCAUGCACAAGGAAGACGUGAUCAAAGCGUUCAAGGACUGGAGGGUCUGGAUGUUCUGUUUUGGCCAGUUCGGUGUCGACACGAUGCUUUAUGGGUAUUCGACAUUCCUGCCCACCAUUAUCAAAGGCUUGGGCACAUGGUCCACAGCACAAACACAAGCACUCACGGUCCCAUGUUAUGCGCUGGGUGCAAUCACCUACCUCAUUGUUGCCCAUAUCUCGGACCGUUUUCAAAAACGCGGGCUCGCGGCGGUGACGUUUUGCAUGAUCAGUAUCGUGGGAUAUAUAAUUCUCAUCACCGACGUGAGCUCUGGAGCCCAUUAUUUCGGUUGCUUCAUGGUGGCGAUGGGGCUUUAUGUCGCCGUCGGUAUCCCUUUGGCAUGGUUACCGUCAAAUCAACCUCGAUACGGCAGCCGGGCCACCGCCACGGGUCUGCAACUGACGAUAGGGAACUGCUCAGGCAUCAUGGCACCUUUUCUCUAUAAGACUAAUGAGGCACCUCGAUACAUUCGUGGCCACGCCGUGUCUUUGUCCAUGGUCGGGCUAGCUGGAGUCAUCUAUGCCAUCAUGUCAGCGUAUUUCAUGGCCCUAAACCAAAACCGCCGAGCCGGAAAAGAGGAUGCGAUUAUCAUUGGGAAAACAGAGGAAGAAAUCGCCGAAAUGGGGGACAGAAACCCAAGAUACGUGUUUACGUACUAA